AUGUCUUUGGAUCAAGGAGCGACACUUGUGGAUGACAUAGUAAUUGAGAAGACUGAAGAAAUUUAUGAGAAUGCAAUGAUAGCAUUGUUAGCUGAGCUCAAGAGAGACUUGAAUUCUUAUCUGGAAAAUCUCGUGUCUUCACCUGUGCGAUCCUUGGCAGAUCUCAUCAGCUUCAACUAUAAACACUACGUUCUUGAGAAAAUCGUUGAAUAUCCACAAGACAUGUUUCUAGAUGCAAACAAGAACGAUGGAAUGAGCAGAGAAGUUCAAGAAGCAAUAUCAAAUCUAGAAAGACUUUCCGAAAAUGGGUUUGAGAAGAUGAUGAAGGAGAAGAAGCUUGAUGCAUUAAUAUAUGUGGGACAAAAAUUGGUUCCAUUUUUAGCAGUUGGUGGUCACCCAGCAAUAACAGUGCCGGGUGGAUACAACAAUGAGAACAUGGCAUUGGGUGUUUCCUUUGGAGGAUUAAAGUAUUCAGAACCAACUCUUAUUGAAAUUGCUUAUUCUUUUGAACAAGCUACCAAGAAACGUAGGCCUCCUCCUGAUGAUUUAAUCAUACUGCAAGUACCACAAAGCAGGAGAAGCCGGGCACCUCAAUUUAAUAAAUAUUAA